AUCAUGUACGGCGUCUCUUGAUCCACUGCGGCAUGUGUUGUUCCUCUACCUAACAUCCUCCGCCCCUUAUGGAAAGAGUGCCAGCAUGUCAUAGCACACAUCUUGAAUCAAGCUCCAAGGUUAACAAAGCGACGUGCCUGCUUCUGAGUUAGCUUUUGAUUCAGUACCACUACAUUCCUAACCCACUUGGAAUCAUUCUUCAUCUUCUCAAUUAUCCAAAGCUCUCAGAUCCUCAAAAAUGCAGAAGGUGCUAUCGUUACUUCUGUUAUCGUGCUACCAAUUGGCGAUUGGAAAAGAGACUUCAAUUGAGCCACCAAAUACGCAGCAUUGCACCCAAGGCUGGAAGGGUAAUCCGGGUACCCCAAAGUCAUUUAAAUGCAUGACAAAUCCCAACACAACUUACUCUUGUAAGACUUGCGAUACACCGGUCCCUUACGGCGGGGCUAGCAACUGUUACCGCUAUCUCAAUCAAACCACUCUCAAGGGGGCGACAGAUGAUACAAAUGUAGGCUCGUUACUUUGCGAGGAAUAUGUGAAAAGAGAUGACUACUUGGACUGUAAGAAUGCUGGGACAGGUCAAAUGUAUCAGUGUGAUGAAGAGAUUUUAUUUAGCAUUGCAUGCAAUGAAUGUGAAUUGACAUCCAACUCGAAAUUUUAGUGCCUGUCACUCUAGGAAGAUCCCUGAAUUUCUUUGAGCUCAAAGAUUGGGAUAAAUGUUUGUAAAGAAGUCUUCAAAAAUUAGAUUCAAGUACUGAAGUGAUGAUUAGUGACCAACCAAAGGUCCACUUGGCUAUUUAUCUUUCUGCACUCCAAUUGUACAACAUCCCUCCAUCCCACAAAAGUGGUGCCUGUUAGUCUAAUUCUAUCAUACUAUAUUCUUUUCAAUACAUCCAUUGCAACUUUUAGACCCCAAAAUAUCUCUUCUUGAAAAUUGUCUGCAAAGGAUCCUACCUCCAAAGAUACAUAGUGUGGUUGUGCAGUCAAUCCAGUGCAUGUUUUAUUUUUUUAGGGGGUUGGAAAAACAACUCCCAAAUUUUGGCUGACAA